AUGGCAAAUUUCUUGAUACCUACUCGUUUUUCUUCCAACCUCGCAGCUGCAAUUCGCCCAUUAUCUCUUAGACGGGGUUUAGCGGCAGCCGCAAGCCCCGAAGGGACUGUUCCUUUUGUAGCUCAGCGUCAAGCAGUAAAAGAACAUGCUGCUGCUACCACUAGACUCUGGAAAAAUAUCUCAAUUUACGUUUGCAUCCCGUCGUUAGUCUUGGCUACUUGGAAUGCAUACCGAAUUAUGAAAGAACACGAAAAACACGAAGCUCAUCAUUACGUACCUCCAGAAGAACGUCCAUUGUAUCCAUAUAUGCGUCUUAGGAACAAGCCUUUCCCAUGGGGCGAUGGAGAUCAUUCUCUCUUUCAUAAUCCAAGGGUUAAUAGAUAA